AUGUUUGUUUCCAAGGCCUUCGCGGCCGUAUUUGCUGCCGUUGGCCUGCUUGUCCAGCCUGCUACAGCACAUUCGACGGAGAGGAACCCUCUAUCCUACAUUAGCCGUGUCGACGAUGCCGUGAUCCACACACCCUCGCACAGGGUGCACUCUCAGUCAACCUUCGACCUCAGCUUCUAUCUCCACGAUCGCCAGCAAAAGAUUCGCUUCGUUCUAGAACCGAACCACGACAUCCUUCCCGACGAUGCGACAAUACACAUCUUGAGUCCCGAUGGCAAGGUCAAGAGGAUAGAGCCUAUCGUCAGGGAAGAGCACAAGGUUUUCAGGGGCACCACGUUUGUUCAGAGGGAGGGGAUGACGGACGCAGACUGGAGGCAAGCGGGAUGGGCACGAGUCUAUGUUCUCAAGGAUGGGGAGCGACCGAUUUUCCAAGGAUCCUUCAGGGUAAACGGAGUCGACCAUCACAUCCAGACGGACACCAACUACAGGCAAACGAUAAUCAAAGGAGACCCGGAGAUCGAGACGGCGGAUGAAGAGUACAUGGUUGUCUGGCGGGAUUCCGACAUUUUGAAACCGACACACGACGACUUGAAGAAGCGCGAUGCUGCGAGCAUGGGCUCUUGCGCCUCGAACGACCUGCUUUGGAAUAGGGACGAGAACAACGGAGUCUUACGGUGGACCGAGGAGGUAUUCGAGCAUCAGAGCCGCUGGACUGUCAGCCCGAGGGCUCUUUUUGGACGACAAAUGGAUGGAACCCAAGGCGGCAAUGGUGCUGGUGUUAAUCUGCUGAACAGCAUUGGUUCUACGGCCGGUUGCCCGACUUCGAAAAAGGUUGCCCUGAUUGGCAUAGCUACCGACUGCACCUACACGGAGAAAUUCAACUCGACCGAAUCUCUGAGGCAAAAUGUUAUCGACAUGGUUAACAAGGCUUCUCAACUCUUCGAGAGCUCCUUUAGCAUUUCUCUAGGUAUCCGGAACUUGACUAUCAGCGAUAAGGAGUGCCCGGCCACGCCUCCUGACAGUGCGCCCUUCAAUAUGCCCUGCAGCAGCGGUGCGACCAUUACCGACCGCCUUGUGAAAUUUUCUGGAUGGCGCGGCAAGUCCAACGAUAAUAACGCGUACUGGACUUUGCUGUCAACCUGCAAUACUGGUUCUGCCGUUGGCCUCGCCUGGCUCGGUCAGACACAUGCGCAGACGGCUCCGCCGGAAAAAAACGAGUGCUGCCCCCUUUCCACCACCACCUGCGAUGCCAACGCCCAGUUCAUCAUGAACCCGUCCACAGACGGCCGCAUCACGUCCUUCUCGGCCUGCAGUAUCGGUAACGACGUCGUCACUAUCACCGGCCAGCAAUGUGGCAACGGCAUCGUCGAAGCCGGCGAGGAAUGUGACUGUGGUGGCGAAGAAGGGUGCGGAGACAACCCGUGCUGCGAUCCCAAGACGUGCAAGUUUACCACCAAUAGCAUUUGCGACCCCGCCAACGAAGAGUGCUGCACCGAUAAGUGCCAGCUUGCUGGCGCCGAGACCGUCUGCCGCGCCAGCACUGGCCCUUGCGAUCCAGAAGAGAAGUGCUCCGGCACCAGCGGCUCCUGCCCGGCUGACAAGACCGCCGACGACGGCACUUCAUGCGGCGACUCGCUCACCUGCGCUUCAGGCCAGUGCACCUCGCGCGAUUUGCAGUGCAAGACGUUCAUGGCUACCGAGGACACACACAACAAAACAAGUUCGUGCUCCAAUGACGGCUGCGCGCUCGCAUGUGAAGGUCCAAUGUUCCCAGACGAUAGGUGUUACACCCUUCCACAGUACUUCCUCGACGGCACCCCUUGCGAGGGUGGCGGCAAGUGCUCCAACGGCAUCUGCGAGGGCGCCAAGCUCAGCAACCAGAUCCUCGACUGGUUCAAGAACAACAAGAACAUUGCCAUCCCUGUUGGCUGCGUCAUCGCCGGUCUUCUCCUCAUCUCCUUCAUCAGUUGCUGCUGCAGCUGUUGUCGGCGUGCGAGGUCGACGUCGAGGAGAGCACCUCAAAGGAUGAUGGCGCCGCCACCGGAUAUGGGUCGGCAUCCUGUGGGGUGGAACUGGGGCGGCGGUAGGAACGGCAGACAUGUUCCGUUGCCGUCGCAAUCGGGACCGCCACCGCCGCCAUACCAAGGAGGGCCGCCGCAGCCGCCCAUGGGACAGCCCAUGGGUCAGUAUGAGCCGUUUAGGGAACAGCAGAGGGGGUAUGCUAGGUAUGCUUGA